GUAUGCUCAAUACCAGCCUGGCAGCAGCGGAAAGCAUGACGCAUGAUGUCAUUCGGGAUUUACUUGGCAUCAAGUUGGAUAUGACAAACUACGCAGACAUGAUAGACCAGCACCAAGUUAAAAAAUUAGUGGAAGAGGCUUAUCAAUAUAGAGAAGAGAUCUUUGCUAAGGAGCAGGAAAUUCUCAAGUUAAAGGAACAGAUUAAUGGCCUUAUUGAGGAAAGAGAGAGUUGUGUUUCAGAAAGGGACAAGAAAGAGUUAGACAUACUUGCUGCUCAAAUUUCUUUGGAGCAACUUAAAGAGAGGGAUCAGUUGCUUUGUGCACAGAAUGAAAUGUUAAAGAUGGACAAGGCUAAUUUGAAGAGGAGGAUUAUAGAACUAGAUCAGAUGGUAAAAACACUUCUUGAGACGCAAACUACGCAACAGCAACUUCAACAGAAUUUGAAGGUAAAGAAUGACGGUGUAUCAAAAUCCGGUGAUAGUGACUUAAACAAGAGGCUGGCACACUCUGAGUGGCUUCUUUCUCAAGUAAAUGACGAACUGGCUGCUCACUGUCGCAGAUCGAGCAAUACCCAUGUUAGAAAAGGCCUUAUGGGUAAAGUCAUGAAACAAGAGAUAGGCAAGUAAAAUUUGUAAAGAGGCAGAAAGUCUUAAUUCGAUGAGCUUUUAAAUACCCCCAAGUACCCGAGUGACAGCUUAGUUUUUGGUUACACGAAGAUGGAAAUUCGUCUCUGGACUCACAGUGGGGCAGAGACACUUUCUUCUACGCUAUCCACGACAAACGUCCAUUUGGUCUUCAUGGAGGGGAGGGUAUUGUUCCAUCAUGAUUUUAUUCUUAAGGUACCCACUAAUUUUACACGCACAUUCUUUUUUUAAGAAAACAAAAGUUACUCGUAACUUUUUUUGUAAAAUUAUAGCCCGAAGAGCGUCCCGGAUUCUGUGUAAAAUGGUUCUCCAUUUUUCUUAAGCUCGUAAAUAAUUGCUUUUUUUUUUUUU